AUGGUGGAGCAUCAUGUUCACGAUCACCGGUUCAUCCUUAUUUUGAUCGGGGAUUCAGGUGUCGGGAAAACUAAUCUCUUAUUACAAUUCUCCAGAAACCAAUUCAACCUUGAAUCCAAACCCAACAACUGUGUUGAGAUCGACGUCGUUAACAUCAACGUUGAUGACAAAAUCAUCAGAGCCCAAAUUUUGGAUGCCCCUGGUGAAGAGAGGUAUCGAGAGCUAGUUGGCACGUACUAUCGAUGCACAAUAGGUGCAUUGAUCGUAUACGAUAUUACACGUAAAGUAACAUUUGAAAACGUGGAAAGGUGGUUAAAGGAGCUUCGGGAUCGCAGAGAUCAAAACAUAGUGAUCAUGCUCGUUGGGAACAAAGCUGAUCAAAUUAACUUACGAUCGGUCCAAAGGGAGGAUGCACUGUCAUUUUCUGAGAGAGUGAAUAUUAACUUAUUCAUGGAAACAUCGGCUCUCGAUAAAUCAAGUGUCAACAACGCUUUCACCAAAUUGUUGGCUCACAUUUACAAGCAUGUGGUACUGAGCAAGAAGGGGGUUGAUAUGGCUAAUCAUCACAUGGUCGAACCCAAGGGACAAACGAAGAACGUUGGAGGUCAUGAAGAUGUUGGGAUCACAAGGGCCAGUGAAUUGAAGUGUCAAUUUGUGGAACUGAAUUGUCAACAAUGUCAUUAUCAGCAAAGGGGUAUGGAAGGGCAAUUUUGUCAAAAACAUCUUGACAUGAGUUUUUAG